AUGGGGGAUGACGAGAAGCGAAACCGGGCCAUGACGGCCCGCAGACAACACCUCAAGAGUGUGAUGCUCCAGAUCGCGGCCACGGAGCUGGAGAAGGAGGAGAGCCGCAAGGAGUCGGAGAAGCAGAACUACCUGUCGGAGCACUGCCCCCCGCUGCACCUCCCCGGCUCCACCGCCGAGCUGCAGGAGCUCUGCAAGCAGCUGCACGCCAAGGUGGAUGCGGCCGAGGAGGAGAAGUACGACAUGGAGGUGAAGGUGCAGAAGAGCAGCAAGGAGCUGGAGGACAUGAACCAGAAGCUGUUCGACCUCCGCGGCAAGUUCAAGCGGCCGCCGCUGAGGAGGGUGCGCAUGUCGGCCGACGCCAUGCUGAAGGCGCUGCUGGGCUCGAAGCACAAGGUGUGCAUGGACCUGCGGGCCAACCUGAAGCAGGUCAAGAAGGAGGACACGGAGAAGGAGCGGGACCUGCGGGACGUGGGCGACUGGAGGAAGAACAUCGAGGAGAAGUCCGGCAUGGAGGGCCGCAAGAAGAUGUUCGAGUCCGAGUCCUAG